CUAUUCACUUUUUUCCAACUGCUUUAUACAACGCACCUUCCCACUACUUCGCAAAAUGGCAACCAACAGCAGCACAAAGACUAUCAAGAUCGACAUUGUCAGCGACACAGUGUGCCCAUGGUGUUAUAUUGGCAAGAACCGUCUGGAGAAAGCGAUCAGUGCGUUCAAGUCCAAGCCCGAGAACAAGGAUGUUCGGUUCGAUGUGAACUGGUACCCAUACCAACUGGAUCCCUCAGCCUCCAAGACUCCAAUCCCAAAGAUGACGAUGUACGCCAACAAGUUCGGUCCGGCUCGUGCACCCUUGAUCCGGGACCGGAUGAUCAAAGUCGGACAGGAAGAAGGUAUCAACUUCUCAUACAACGGCAACAUCGUUAACACGCUCGAUUCCCACCGCCUGAUCGAAUUUGCGACCAGCCACGGCAAGCAGGACGAGAUGGUGACGGAGUUGUUCAGGAACUAUUUUGAGGAGGACAAGUGUGGCGAGAUCCCGACGUUGAUCGAUUCGGCCGUCAAGGUUGGUUUGGAUCGCAAGGAGGUCGAGGACUUCUUGAAGUCGAACCAGGGUGUGAAGGAGACCCAGGCGAAGAUUGAGAAGGCAAAGUUGCAAGGCGUCCAAGGGGUGCCAAACAUUACGAUCGCGAAUAAGUAUGUGCUUUCAGGCGCGCAGGAGCCGGCGACUUUUGAGGAGGUGUUCAGCCGUGUUGUCUAAAUGGCCUUUAAAAAAUUAUAAUCGCAAUGCUUAAUAUGGAGAAGCAAAUAAAAAACGACAAGCAUCGACAUGUGCGUGCAAGGAUAAUUGGGGCCGCCCUGGGUUGGCGCGAGCAGGACUAAAGAUGGCGAAAAUCACAAGGGCGAACCUUAUUGCGCUUAUAUGUACAUGACAAUUUGUCAUCUCUCUGCUGCCGUCUAUCGUGUGAAUAUUGUUAGAAGGCUCCUAACGAGGAAGCUUGCUCAUGAGUGGAAAUUCAUAAGGAACUGCUUUCUGGAGAUUACCGCAAUGCAUUUCAAAACCAGUCUUGACUUAAAGAGCGUCCUCAGAGAUGGAAGGUUCAUCGGAUCAACAAACCAUUGCAAUGGUCCAUAAAAACUAAAAUAAAGUUAAUUGUGUGC